CCUGGUGGACGUUUCACUAAACUCCACAUCCCCCUAUGGCUCACUGGACGAGUUGUCAUGGCAACUGUACAGCAUGUGCUUACAAAAACAAGAGCUUGACCGUUCACCGACACUUCGCUCGACACUCGACAUCUAGCGCUGGGACGCCAUCUUCUUCUUCUUCUCGCAUUUACCAGAGGAGAGAAUAGCGAAGACACACUCAUUGAAACAGAAGGGGAAGCCGACGAAAAGGAGGCCACGAUGAGCGGAGCAAAAGCCCGCAGCAGCGACGCGCCUGUUGCUGAAAACGUCCCCGGUGGAGGGCACGGCACUGCGGCUCCUCCGCGGGACCGCAAGCCUGGCGGAGGGGUUCUGAAGAGGCUGAAGUCCCGGCGCAGUCAGGUGGACAGCAGGCCCGUGACGGAGGAGGACCUGCGGACACAAAGUGGACACAUCACCCCGGAGGAUGUGUUGGGACUGCGGGGGGCUACAAGAGGGUACCUCUGUAAACCCGAGGAUAAUAUUUAUAAUAUCGACUUUGUACGCUUUAAGAUCAGAGACCUGGAGACAGGCACAGUUCUGUUUGAGAUUGCCAAACCCCCACACACAGAGGACGAUGAGGAGCACAGAGAGGCAGACGCUAGCGCAGGCCGAUUCGUACGGUACCAGUUCACUCCAGCCUUCCUGAGAUUGAGGACCGUGGGAGCUACGGUGGAAUUCACAGUUGGAAACCGGCCUCUAAAUAACUUCCGCAUGAUCGAGAGGCACUACUUCCGCGAUCACCUGCUGAAGAGCUUUGACUUUGACUUUGGCUUCUGUAUCCCGAACAGCCGUAACACCUGUGAGCACAUCUACGAGUUCCCUCAGCUGUCUGAGAGCCUGGUCCGUCAGAUGGUGGAGUGUCCCUAUGAGACCCGGUCGGACAGCUUCUAUUUCGUGGACAACAGACUGGUCAUGCACAACAAGGCAGACUAUGCUUAUAACGGAGGACAGUGAUACCUGUCUGCUUUCAUGCAAAAACACACACACAUCUGCAUGCACACACUCACGUUGACAGUCACACAUGAACAUAUUGUAUACACACAUGCAUGCACAUAGCUGAACACACAGUUCAUCGGCUCAUACAUGCACAAGCAGACACAGACACGGUUUAAUUGUAAGCAUAAAUUACCAUUCACUGCGAUCAUUGUCAGGGGGUGUAUUUGAUAUUGCAGAAGGUCAGUAUCAGUCUCUGCUCCGACAUAUAAACAGGAAGCUUCUGUUCAAAAGAAAGUUCAGCACGGGUUAAUUUAUCUGUUUUGGAUUACCUUUCAACCAAAAGAGGACUCAUCUUUCUAGUAGCCAUGUGACAUCUGAAACAGACCGAAUGUUUAUUAGAUAAAGGGUUUAGUCUCCUCGUUUUGAAAGUGUCCUACCACCCCCUCGACACACACAUACACACUCAUACACUCAAUCCCCAAGUGACACACAUAGUGUCUGUCAGAAGCAGCUGUUCUCAGAGCUGCCGCUUCCACAAUCCACUCCAGACAAUAUCGGGGGAGAAAGAGCGAAACCAUCCACAAAAACACUCCUGUCAAACACACAUGGUCACUCCUGCCAUGCCCUCCCCAUCUCCCUCUCCUCUCUUGCUUUCACAAACACACACACACACACACACACACACACACACACACACACACAUACACACACACACACACACAACAGAAGCAUAAACAAUAGUACUGUAUAAGAUUUUGAUCAAAGGUCUCUGAGAUCAUUGCUAUUUUUGUCGUAUGCUUUACAGUUUUCUCUGGUUGACCAACAUGAAAAUAAAUCAGGUAACAGUUAACUGCAAUGCAACUGUAAUUUUGACUGCAACCAAACAAAAGAUGAUGACCUCACAUGAUGAACAGCAGUCAAAAAAGACAUUUUAGGUAGAAAGUUCUCAUAUCAUAAUGCAUGCCAUGAUAUAAACAUAAAGGGAAAACGAUUGUAAAGAAUGGAAUACCAGAUAUACUGUGGAGAAAAAAAUCAAAUGUAAAGUAAUAUAAAAAAGGUUUGGUGUCCUCAAAGUAACAUCAGAUAUUAUUUUUCCAUCCAUCUGAGAUCAUUAGCUGUAUUUUUUUAAUUAUUCCCUCAUUGCGCACGUCUUAGAACAUGAAAUUAACAUGGAUGAUGUCCGGAAAUGGAAUGGUCUUUUUAGCUAGAUAGUGUACUUCCUCUUUGUAAACUUUUUGGUGUUCAGGGUUAAAGGUGGUGUUUGUAAAAAUAAAUAAUAUAUAUAUAUAUAGUUUGUAAAA